AUGAGUUUUAAAAUGUUGAAAGAUGCUCUUUGCUCUGCACCGGUAUUAAGAUAUCCCGACCUCAAGGACACAUUUACUUUGACCACCGACGCAAAACAAUCGGAAGAGAAUGCCAACAUCAACCAAGUAGAUGAAUCUCAAGAAGUUGACGAUAUUGAUACACCAUCAUUAUCAGGUGAAGAUAAUGAAUCAAUUUCUAAAAGAUUGCGAAAUCUUGAACGGACGAAUAAAAAGGAAACGACGAGCGAAAGCAUAUUAAAAAAUCUACUAGAUCAUUACAUUUACGUAUUUUCUUCUCCAGAGCACAUCUUAACUGACCAGGGCGCUAACUUUGCAUCGGAAUUGGUUCAAAAAUUAAAAAAUCUUUUUAGAAUCAACCACAUCAAAACAACUGCUCUCCAUCCACAAAGCAAUGGAGCUCUCGAGAGAACCCAUGGGAUAAUUAAAGAUUUAUUAAAAAUAUACAUGGCCGAUAACGAGACGAAAUGGAACCAAAAUUUGAAUCUAAUAUGA